AUGUCCACCGAUGAAGUAAAAGACGAGGAAAUUCAAGCCCAAUUUGAGUUUGAGAAUCAAGGAAGAGGUGACCAAACAAAUAGAAGCCAACGUUGUGAGGGUCAUGACUUAUCCCACCUGGUUGCCAACAUCGUGCCCAUACCAAAGAAGGAUGGGAAUAUAAAAAUAUGUGUAUAUUAUCGGGAUCUCAACAAGGCUAGUCCAAAAGAUGAUUUCCCUCUCCUAAAUAUUCACAUUCUCAUUAAUAAUUGCUUGAAACAUGAGUUGCAGUCAUUUGUUGAUUAUUUUACGGGAUAUCAUCAAAUUUUGAUGGACAAGAAUGAUACAGAAAAGACAGAUUUCAUUACUCCGUGGGGAGUAUACUGCUAUAGGGUAAUGCCGUUUGGACUCAAGAAUGUCGGCGCAACGUAUAUGAGGGACAUAACCACUCUUUUCCACAAUAUGAUCCAUAAAGAGAUUGAGGUGUAUGUGGAUGACGUCGUCAUCAAAUCUAAAAAGAGUUCGGACAAUUUGGAUGAUUUACAAAAGUUCUUUGAAAGGCUGCGAAGGUACGACCUAAAGUUGAAUCCAGCUAAAUGCACCUUUGGAGUUCCCGCAGGAAAGUUAUUGGAAUUCAUUGUUAGUAGGAGAGGUAUAGAGUUGGACCCAUCCAAGAUAAAAGCAAUCCAAGACUUACCAUCUUCUAAGACCAAAAAGGACGUAAUGAGCUUCUUGGGAAAACUCAAUUACAUUAGUCAGUUUAUAGCUCAGUCCACAAUAAUUUGUGAACCAAUAUUCAAGUUGUUGAAGAAAGACAUCGCCACCGGAUGGACUGAAGAAUGUCAAAAGGCUUUUGACAAAAUCAAAGAGUAUUUGUCUAACCCACUAGUAUUGGUUCCACCAAAACUGGGAAAGCCAUUGUUAUUAUAUCUAUCCAUUAUGGAUAAUGCCUUUGGAUGUGUGUUAGGGCAGCAUGAUGAUACAGGGAGGAAAGAGCAAGCCAUUUACUACCCGAGUAAGGUUCACACUAUCUUGUUGAGUGAGUUUGACAUUGUGUACGUGACACAAAAAGCCGUCAAAGAACAAGCUUUGGCUAAUCACCUCGCAGAAAAUCCAGUGGAUCAAGAUUACACGCCGCUCUAUACCUACUUUCUUGAUGAAGAGGUGUUGUUUGAGGGAGAAGACAUCUCAGAACCAUAUGAUGGAUAUGAAGAGCCAGAUGGAAAGCCGUGGUACUACGACAUUAAGAGGUUACUUGGAGCAGGAGGAUAUCCAGAAGGCGCUACUGGCAAACAGAAGAGGACUUUAAGAAGGAUGGCCAAUCACUUCUUUUUAAACAGGGAAAUCCUAUAUAGUAGAACUCCAAACCUAGGAUUGCUACAAUGCGUCGAUGCCACAGAGGCCACAAGAUUGUUAGAGGAGAUACAUGCAGGGACAUGUGGACCUCACAUGAACGGUUUCAUGCUUGCAAAGAAAAUCUUGAGAGCUGGAUACUCUUGGAUGACCAUGGAGAGGGAUAGCAUUCGAUACGUGCAGAAGUGUCACCAAUGUCAAGUUCACAGAGACUUUAUACGAGUUCCGCCACACGAGCUCAAUGUGAUGGGUUAUCCUUGGCCGUUUUCCACUUGGGGCAUGGAUGUUAUUGAGCCUAUAGAGCCUCCUGCAUCCAAUGGACACCAUUUUAUCUUGGUCGCUAUCGCUUACUUCACAAAGUGGGUUGAGGCCUCAACACAUAAGGUCGUAACCAAAAAAGUGGUGGCAGAUUUUGUUCGCAACAACUUAGUCUGUCAGUUUGAAAUUCCAAAGUCAAUCAUAAUAGAUAACGGGGCUAAUCUCAAUAGCGACCUAAUGAGAGAGAUUUGUGAAAGGUUUAAGAUCUCUCAUCGAAAUUCCACGGCGUAUCGACCACAAAUGAAUAGAGCAGUUGAAGCUACAAACAAGAAUAUCCAGAAGAUUUUGAGGAAGAUAGGGGACGAUAAUAAGGAAUAG